AUGACUGCGAUUGUAGCUACUGAUUCGGGCGCGCACUAUCGCCUGGCACAGGAACGCGAGUUUCGCAAGUAUAUACCGCGCGAGUAUUCAGCCUCACAGUUCGCUCCUUUCGACCAUGCUAGUCGACAAACAUACACUCCUCAGCCCUCACCGGACCCGGCCUUUACUUCGUUUGCCCAGCUCGCAGCAAUCCGCCUCGGAACUCAACGAGCCAUCGUCACUCUCUUCGAUCGCACGCACCAGCAUAUCAUCGCGGAGGGUACCCCGUCAUUGAGCCUCGUCGGUGGCAUUCCCGAAAAUGAAUGCGACAAGAUGCUACUGGGAAGCUGCUUGCUCCCUAAAGAACGAGGCCUAUGUCACCAUGUUGAAGGUCUGCCCAUCUCCGCCUGCAUGCAGGGUGGCGAGUCAGUUGAGGGCGGUGCCCUGAUUGUUGGAGACGUGAAGAACGACUCGCGUAUCAAGAGCAGCGAGCUUCUGAGCAUACUAUCGAACGUCCGUUUCUUUGCCGCCGUGCCUCUGAUUAGCCCCCGAGGGCUCACUGUUGGUUGUCUCAGUGUGAUGGAUGACGAAGUUAGAACCUCUACUCUUCCAGAGCACUCUCUUCGCUUCAUGAAGGACCUGGCUGGUUCCGUUAUGAAACAUCUGGUGAUGGGCCAUUUCACUCACAAAAGUCGCCAGGCCGAACGAAUGCUUGUCGGCCUGGGCAGUUUCAACGAGGGGAAAUCUACCCUUCGUCAUGCAUGGCAGGAGGAAAAUGCUGCAGAUAGUCCCGAUGAUGCGAAAGAGGGUCGAGCCAACAUCCAGCAACAGCGUAUACAGGACAACGAGGAGACAAAUUCGACUACGCUUGUCUCUCGAGGUCCGAAACCAGCCGAUAAGUCCACGGAAGUGGGAACAAACGAGAAUGGCUGGGGUCCGGAUCCUAGUCAAAAGUCUGGCAUAGAGUUCUCACCCCAGAAUGAUUCAAUCCGAAGCGUGAUUAACUGUGAAAGUCCACAGGAAGAAAUGCAUGCAAAAAGCAUCAUGCAAGUCUUCUCGAGAGCAGCAAACUUGAUCAGGGAGUCGAUAGGGACCGAGGGUGUGAUCUUUCUUGAUGCACAAAGCGAUCGCUUUAGAAGAACAGGUGACCAAAACGGCCACAGAAUGUCUGAUCCUGGGAUUUCGAGUGAUCCAUCAAGCAGUGAUGAAAAUACCGAUUCGAGCUCACCGACGAAGCACGACUCUACACCCAAUAACUCGGACACAGAGGAGGACACUUCGCCUUUGUCUUUAUGCUUAGGAUUCUCAAACUCGUCGGGAUCGUCCAUCAACAAUGAUUCAAUGACUGGCCCGCCGUCUAUGGUGCAUGAAGCUAUGUUUAACUCACUGCUUCGCCGAUACCCACGUGGAAAGAUAUUUACCUACGAUGCCAACAGAGCCGUCUCUGAUGAGAGCGACGGCAGCACACGGGAAACACCAGGAGUUGAACCCAUGUUCAAGCCCAAUCUGCGAAGACUGUCAAGCAACAAGAAGCGCCGAUCAAGCUUCCAGAAAGACGCGAAACACCUGAUCAAAAUUUUCCCUCAAGCCAGGAGUAUUCUACUGUUGCCGAUUUGGGACUCGGACAAACGAAGGUGCUUUGCUGGUACUUUGGUCUGGACAAAUGACCCAGAACUGGUAUUUACAUUCGAGAACGAGCUGAUAUAUGUUUCGGCCUUUGCAAAUAGCAUCAUGGCCGAGAUCAAUCGUCUCGAUGUGGAGAUGGCAGACAAGGCCAAAACCAGGCUACUCAGCAGUAUAACCCACGAGCUCCGAACACCACUGCAUGGAAUUCUGGGUACUGCGGACAUCCUCAGUGAUACGGCCAUGAAUGCCUUGCAGCACGGAAUGGUCCACACAAUUGAAUCUUGCGGCCGCACUCUUCUGGACACCAUCAACAACUUGCUGGAUCUCGCUUUCCUUGGCCAGAAUAGGAAUCAUAGGCGCAAGAAGUCAGGAGAUAAGCUCUUACCCGCGAGUAAGGAAGGGAGUCAUGAGCGAAGUAAAGACCGCGGUGAAAAGGCUGCAUCUUCGCAUGUCAAGCUUGAUGCGGUACUCGAGGAGGUUGCCGAAUCCGUCUUUGCCGGAUACAGCUUCUACAAUCACCCCAAGAUGCCGCCCCCUGCCUUGACCGAUUCUUCAUCACGCUCAGCAGGUCAAACGAGUGGGUCCAACCAGGUUGGCCCACGGGCCAGCGAGGUCACUAUCAUUUUCGACAUCCAGCCUGAUACGGAAUGGGAGUUCAAUACCCACCCUGGGGCCUGGCGUCGUAUUCUGAUGAAUAUCUUUGGUAACGCGCUGAAAUAUACAAAGUCGGGCUAUAUAUAUCUCGGUUUGAAGUCCUCUGAAACCACCGAGCCUCGGAGUGGGAACCAACUGGCCCCGGACUCAUCGGAAGACCAAGAGGCCAAAUUUGAGGUCACUCUCGUUGUUAAAGACACCGGUAAGGGUAUUGGAUCUGAAUAUUUGCAGAAGGAUCUCUUCAAACCCUUCAUGCAGGAAGAUUCACUCAUGUCUGGGAGUGGGCUGGGGCUCAGUAUUGUCCAUCAAGCUGUUGGAUCACUUGGUGGCUCGAUUGAAAUCAAUUCUUCUCGAGGAGUCGGCACUGAACUAUCGAUCCGCACUCCUCUCGUACGCUCCCUUGACCACCCAGAUGAUGUUUCCUCGAGUUCGGAAUUCCGGUCUAUCUUGAGAUAUACCCAGGGACAGACAAUCGGGUUCCUAGGAUUCGGAUCAUCUCUCGAUUCUCAACGAGACAAGUCCCUGUAUGAAUCCCUCGAGCGAUUGUGUCACCACUGGUUUGGCUUGACAGUGACAAACGUGUCCUCCUUUCAAGGCGAGCCCCUUCUCUUGGACUUCUACUUGGCCGUGCAGACCGAGCUGGACUCUGAAGAUGUAGGGGGUAGAGAUCUCUUCGCCCUCGGGAAACAUUUACACGGCACAAACGGUGAUGGCUCGCCGGUCGUCGUCAUUUGCCAGUCACCCGAGGAAGCGCACCACAUGUUUAUAACGACAAAGAACCGUGGAGAGGCACCUGUUUAUGAAUUCAUCAGCCAGCCUUGUGGGCCGCGCAAAUUGGCCCGGGCACUGAACCUGUGUAUCAAGCGACAGCGCGACUCCUCGUCCGGUCGAUCUAGUCCAGCUGGGCCGACUCGCUGGGUCGAACUGCCGAGAUCCUCUCAUCUCCCAGUUGAUCUCGAGUCCACCGAUCCACCUGCCGAGCGUAUGAAACUCAGCAAGCGGCCAACGAUGGAGACGAUGGGAUCUCGGGAGCAAAUUCAACAACAAUACUCGAAUGAAAAGAGCCCGAAUGGAUCGAUCCAGAAAUCGCCACAGUUGACCUCCCCAACGAACGGUGUGGACGGUGUGAACGGUGUGGACGGCGUGAACGGUGUGAACGGUGUGAGCGGUGUGAAUGGGGGGCACAAGGAGCCAGAUUCCUCUCCGCCAUCCGUUCUUCUGGUGGACGACAAUGAUCUGAAUCUUCAACUACUGUGCGCCUACACGAAAAAGACUACUUAUGAAUAUCUGACUGCUCGCAAUGGGGCCGAAGCUGUCGAUGUUUACAAGGCCCACCCCGACCUUUUCCGAGUCAUCAUUCUAGAUAUGUCAAUGCCCAUCAUGGAUGGCUUCGAAGCCGCCCGUCAAAUUCGUGCCUUUGAGAAGGAAUACCGAGCCUCGAACCAGGGUUUGCCUUCCUUAACCAUCGUCGCCUUGACAGGACUCGGGGGCACAGCUGCCCAAGAGGAAGCGACUGCUUCUGGCAUCGAUGAUUUCCUCAUCAAGCCCGUCAAACGAGGGGAUGUUCAUAAAAUUCUAGAAAAAUCGCACAGUCGGUAG